UGCUGCUGCGCCUGCUGCUGCGCCUGCUGCUGCGCCUGCUGCUGCGCCUGCUGCUGCGCCUGCUGCUGCGCCUGCUGCGGUACCUGUUGUCGUUGCAGCUGCCUUCCUGUUUCCCCCUCUUCCUGCUGUUGUCCGGUUAUCUGCCCGUGCCACCUGGCUUGUGGCUGCCCGUGCCAUCUGGCUUGUGGCUGCCCGUGUCAUCUGGCUUUCUGCCCGUGCCACCUGGCUUGUGGCUGCCCGUGCCAUCUGGCUUGUGGCUGCCCGUGCCAUCUGGCUUGUGGCUGCCCGUGCCAUCUGGCUUGUGGCUGCCCAUAUCAUCUGGCUUGUGGCUGCCCAUGCCAUCUGGCUUGA